AAUUGAUUGGAAUAGGCAAAAUUUGCAUCUCAAAAGCUCAAAUGCUAACGGAAGAAAUCAGAAACAAAAAAUGACCGGCAAUCCAGCGAUGAAAGAAAAGAGGAGAGGAGAGGAGGAGGAGAAGAAAAAGAGGAAGACAGACAUGCGACACCUUCAUCGGCGCUUCCCUACAGCCCGGAUCUUCUUCCCCUGCAUCUUCUUGGCGAUGGUUUUCUUCAUCUCCCCAGAUUCAUCGGAAAGAAAAGAGGAGGGGAGAAAAGAGAAGAAAACGAAGAAGUCAGAUCUGAUCGGCGACACCUUCACUGGCGGUUCCCUGCAUCUCCUCCUCUCCGACAUCUUCUCUUCAGAUUUCAUCUCAGUUCUUCGACAUUUGCUUUUCACGAAGAGUUGGGUGCAGAAAGAUCCGAUAGGCGCCAGGUGUCGAGGAGUCUGGAAAGAAACGAAUAAAAGGGGCAAAUUUGGAACAUCAGAAAAAUUAGUCCUAUUUAAGAGUUAAAAAAGUCAAAGUCCUAUAUAAGUAUAUACAGAAACUUGUGGUCGUAUUUAGCACCAUUUCUCUUGUAUGAAUUUUUAGUUUGCCUUAGUGUUUGUAGCGGGUGUCUACAACAAUAAUUUUGAUAAAUUUUUAAAGAUAGGGUGUGUCCGGAC